AAAACGGGGUUUCAGUUUUCACUUUUUUACAGCUACGGGUAUCUGGGUAGGAUUUGAAUCUCAUAACCCGCUGCAAAAAAAUCAGAAAUCAAUAUUCAAUUCCCAUGUGAAUCGUCCCCUGCACGCUUCAGAACAACCUCCCAUGGCUAUUUCAUCAUAUCCCAAUCACCAAACCCCAAUUCAAUUCCAAAGACACAACCUUUCCAGCUCCUCUCCUCUCCUCUAAUAAACCCAGAACCUGAUCAGUCUCCAAUGGAGCUGCUUCAGUCCCUAAAGCCUUCACCUUUCUUCAAUUCUCACUAAACGCCGUACUGGGUUUUGGUUUUCAGAGAAGAUAAUGGACAAGAUAGCCGCGGAGUUACAGGACAGCGUGGUGGACCUGACCCGGCAGCUGACGGAGCUCCAGGCCCGGUAUGAGUCGACCCGGAACCAGCAGCGGACCAGAAUGCAAGGUCUGGAUCAGAGGGAGCUGCAAUUGCAGGCCAGAGAGCUGAGGGUGAAGUCGGAGGAGGAAGCGAUCGGAGAAAGGUGGAAGUGUCUGGAGAUGAGAGAGAGGAAUGCGGAGACACAUGAGUUGAAGGAAUUGGAAAGAUUAGAGCAUUUGGGUCAGCUUGAGAAAUCGGUGGAAGAGAGGGAGAGGUCUUUGGAUGAGCUACAUGAGUCGUUGGAGGAGCAGAGGAAGCAUUCCAGGGCACUGCAGGAGGUGUUGGAAGAGCAUUUGGGGUCGGUGGGCGGGGGGCUGAGGGUGAAGCUGAGGCAGUUUGAAGAGAAGGCUAGAGAAAUUGGAUUGGAGCUGAGUGGUGGUGAUGGAGGAUUGGAGUUGAAGAGAGAUGAAUUGGUGGGUUGCGAAAUGGGAGGUGGUUUGGAUGCAGAGAAGGUUGUGAAGCUUAUUGGGGUGAUUUGUCAGCGUGAAGAGAUUAUGAAGUUAUGUCAGGGAUUUGAUUCUGGGGAUAAGAUCCACGACAUAACAGAUGUUAUUCGGAUUCUCAUUGAAAGAAAGCAACUGAUAGAGGCUGUUAGAUUUAUAGGCACCUUCAAGUUAACUGACAAGUUCCCCCCUGCACCACUCUUAAACGAGUAUGUGGAGGAUGCAGAGAAGUGGUGGAGUGAAACUUUCAGUCAAAAGAAAUCACUUGAUAAAAAGGAAAAUGCUGUAGAUGACCGGAUAACUAAUCUAAGAGUUGUGGUUCAAUGUGUUGAAGAAUACAACCUACAGUCUGAGUAUUCACUAGUAGACAUUAUCAAUGACAUUUUGGAGCUUGAAAAACUAAAGGAGAAUCUGCAUUCGGUGGCAUCUCUCGACAUUAUGAUGAAAACUAAAGGCCCUGGGAAACUAAAGGAGAAAAGGGAGGUGGUGCUAUGUCUUCCAUCCUAUGAUGAUAAACAAGAGAAGGAAAUCUGGAGGAAACGAAGAUUUCGCACAUAUCGCCGUUGCAGAAAAAAAUGUAAUCCGUGAGCCAUUUCAGCUGCUAGACCCAUGACAUGGAUAGAGGACCAGUUGGGAUGUCUUGAAAACCAUAGUGUCACUGUUAUUAUGGAUGGAUUUAUAGCUGUUAGACAAUUGCAGGUUUUAACGCAGCCUCUCACUGGUAAACGCUCAAAACUCAUUUUAUGUCUGAAUCUAUUGCUUUUGGUCAAGCUUUUCCAUUAGGCAAAUGACCAAAUUGUGCAGAUUAUAUUACUCUUUUGAAUAAAAUGUAUAUCCUAAUUCCGAAGA